AUGGCUACAUCAAACCCAGCUCCAGAUGUUGCUGAUAUCAUCCAUCAAUCACGUCCAGUAGAUACCACAAGUCCAUACGAUGCCGGCUGGGUAGCAGGAAAAACGAUCAUUAUAACAGGUGGAGCAUCUGGUUUCGGCGAAGGUUUCUUCAGAACAUGGGCAGAGCAUGGAGCAAAUGUAAUAAUCGGGGAUGUCAAUAGUGCAAGGGGGAAAGCAUUGGUCGAGGAAGUGCGCAAGGAGACUGGCAGUCAAAAUCAUCAUUUUUUGUAUUGUGAUGUAACAAAUUGGCAAUCACAAGUCGACUUCUUUCGUACAGCUACGGAGCUAAGUCCUACCAAAGGCAUUGAUGCCGUGGUUGCCAAUGCGGGAAUUGUAGAAGAUCCCAUGUCAUUUCAGAGACCUGUGGGUCUAGAUUUGCCGGAACCACCGAAGCCAAACUUCAAAGCCUUUGACGUUGACAUGGUCGGAGUUAUGUAUACGGCACACUUGGCCAUGUGGCAUCUGCCUCGAAACCCCAGAUCACAAACGGCCAAAGCAUCAGCAAUCCCUGGCCCAAACACACCAGAUAGACAUUUACUUUUGAUCGGAUCGGUAGCCUCAAUUGCUCCUCUUGCUGGAUCGGUAGAAUAUUCAGUCGCAAAACAUGGGGUCUUGGGGAUGUUCCGUUCAUUGAGAUCUACAGCCUUUGCCAAUGGAAUUCGAGUCAACAUGUUGUGCCCAUACUUUAUUGAUACGGCUAUAAUCCCUGCAGGCGGUAGAUUGUUAUUGGCAGGCGGAGCGAUGGGCAAACCGGAGGACGUCGUAGAUGCCGGGACGAGACUCAUGGCCGAUACAAGAAUAGUUGGUCGAGCUUUGGUCAUCGGUCCAAAGGUUCGAGUUGAUGGAGAUUUUGACUUGUUACCAGAGACUUCAAAAGAAGGAAAUGAGAAGGCCGUGUGGGAGGCUUAUGCUGAUGAUUUUGUCGAACUUGAGGUUUUUACUUUAAGAUUUAUCAAGUUGCUCAAUACAGUUCAAAGAAUCAGAGGCUGGGGAGGAUGGAUACUUGAUAUUGCUAAAGCAUUGAUGUAUCCCAUAAGCUUCCUUAGGCGUCGAUAG